AGGAUUUCUCGAAACAAAGGCCCACCCCUCCCGCGAAAACGGCCUAAAACCCUAUCAAAUCCCCCUUCGCCGCCGUUUCCUUCUCCGCUCACCGGCGCCGCCGCGCAGAAACGGAAAGAUGAGCGGCGCGACGGGCACCGCCGACUUCUUCUACCGCGAGGCGCUGCGGCUCGGCUACGUCGCCCGCUCCGCCUUCAAGCUGAUCCAGAUACAAAAGCAGCACAAGAUCAUCACGCCGGGCGCCGCCGUGCUCGACCUCGGGUGCGCCCCCGGCGCGUGGCUCCAGGUGGCUUGCCAGAACCUGGGCCCGCUCGAGAAGGGCGGCCUGGUCGUCGGCGUUGAUGUCAAGAAGGUGAAGGUCCCCUCCGCGCACUGCGACUCAAGGGUCAGGACCGUCUGUGCCAAUGUGAUGGCUCUGAUGAAGCAGCAAGCACGAGCGAUGUCGCCACAGGAAAGGGGAUUUUCCGUGAUAUUAUCGGACAUGUGCCCAGUAGUUUCAGGGAUCACAACCAAAGAUGAAGCUAUAUCCUGUGAGCUGGGCAUGCGUGCAAUCUCUCUGGCAGUUGGCAAGAUAAAAGUUAGAGAAUCAGCUGACUAUAGUGAGACUAUGGAGAAGUUCCAGAGCUCCACGGAUCCUGACCCUGACGAGGACGGUGUUCUUAGACGUGGAGGCAACCUAGUAAUCAAGUUUCUUGAGAAUGAGGAUGUACCAGGGUUUAGCAAAUUCUGCAAAGUGAAGUUUAAGAAAGUAACUUUGCUGAGGCCCAAGGCGACAAGAUCUAGUUCGAGGGAGAUCUACUUGAUCUGCGAAGGUUUGCGGUAGAAGAUUGGCCACCACUCAUCUCCCCAUGAGGUGCCGGCUUGUCAUUCUCAACCAAACUCAUUUUCUACGGCUGUUAGCCUGGGCUGAUUGCAGAGCGGCUGGAUGGAGAAAGUCUUGACGAUUAUGCUGGUUGUAGUAGAGCUUUAGGUUUAGAAAGGAGGAUUGGAAUCCUGCCAACUUUAAGGUGAAUUCAGGACUAGUGAGUUGAGGAAAACUCAAUGUAUCUCUGCUGAAGGUGGUGUGAUGUGAGCUGUUGCAUUUGUUAAAUAAAGAACACUUGUAUUC